CUGUCGAGAAUCUGUCAUUGUUAGAAUCUUUGUAUGCAACCAUUUUUCUAUACUAUAUAUUAUUCGUGUUAUGUUAUGUGGCAAAAAUCAACCGAAGAUGAAGAACUGUCAUUUCAAUAAUCCGAUUUAAAGAAAGAGAAGAAAACUUCACUAUUCACUGGAAUUGGAAUGAACCAUUAAAUACAAAACAAAUAUAAAAAAUACAAAAAUGUCUUUUAUAGUAUAUUUAAGUAGAAGAUAUCGAACACUUCGGUUACUAGCCCUUGUGGCUAUUGCCCUAUGUUUACUUUAUACACUAGCAACAUAUGAUAUGAAUUCAGGACGAGAGUUUGGAUUAACACGCAAGAUAAGGAGGUCAAAUCCAGAAGAGAGACAAGCUCCUAAGUUAGUAUCAGAUCUAGGAAAUUUUGAGCCAAAGGAAAUUCCUGAAAUGGAUGGACCAGGUGAAAAGGGUGCACCUCACCAUUUACAACCUUCACAGCAAAAUGAUGCAGAUCAGUCUGAGUCUGAAUAUGGAAUGAAUGUUGCUUGUUCAGAUGAAAUUUCAUUAGAUCGCACCAUAUUGGAUACACGACUGGAAGAAUGUAAACACUGGGACUAUCCUACUGACCUACCAAAAACUAGUGUAAUUAUUGUGUUUCACAAUGAGGGUUGGUCAGUCUUACUCAGAACAGUGCAUAGUGUUCUGAAUCGCACACCCAAAGAAUUCCUAGAGGAAAUUUUGCUGGUCGAUGAUUUCUCUGACAAGGAAAAUCUAAAAUCUGAUUUGGAAAGAUAUUUGGAUCAGUUUGAAGGAAAAGUAAGAUUGCUGAGGAACAGCCAGAGGGAAGGCCUGAUUAGAACUAGGAGCAGAGGAGCUGUAGAGGCCAAGGGAGAGGUAAUAGUGUUUUUGGAUGCUCAUUGUGAAGUAAAUACCAAUUGGCUACCUCCACUACUUGCUCCAAUAUACAGGGACAGAACUACAAUGACAGUUCCUAUUAUUGAUGGCAUUGAUCACAAAACUUUCGAGUACCGACCUGUUUACGGAGAAGACCGACAUUUUAGAGGUAUAUUUGAAUGGGGCAUGCUUUAUAAAGAGAACGAAGUUCCCCAAAGAGAACUCAAAAAAAGAAAAUACAAUAGCGAGCCCUAUAAAAGCCCUACACAUGCUGGUGGUUUGUUUGCCAUAAAUAGAAAAUAUUUCUUGGAAAUCGGGUCAUAUGACCCUGGAUUGUUGGUUUGGGGUGGUGAAAAUUUUGAACUCAGUUUUAAAAUAUGGCAGUGUGGUGGCAGUAUCGAAUGGGUACCCUGCUCACGUGUUGGACAUGUGUAUCGUAGUUUUAUGCCUUACAACUUUGGAAAAUUGGCGCAAAAGAAAAAAGGGCCUCUUAUAACUAUAAAUUAUAAAAGAGUGAUUGAAACAUGGUUUGAUGAAAAGUACAAAGAAUUCUUUUACACUAGAGAACCCAUGGCUAGGUUUUUAGAUAUGGGCGACAUUAGCAAACAAUUAGCCUUGAAAGAUAGACUAGGUUGUAAAAGUUUUCAAUGGUUUAUGGACAAUAUAGCUUAUGAUGUAUUGGAUAAGUAUCCAGAAUUGCCACCUAAUGUUCAUCAAGGAGAGCUAAGGUCAGUGGCCGCAAGUAAGUGCCUAGAUACGUUGGGACAUGGUCCUCCGUCUUUAAUGGCAGUCCAGCAUUGCCAUGGCUUCGGCAACAAUCAGUUGAUGAGGCUUAAUGCCAAAGGCCAAUUGGGCGUCGGGGAAAGGUGUAUAGAGGCUGACGCUCAAGGAAUUAAGUUGGCGUUUUGCAGGUUGGGGACAGUCGACGGCCCAUGGCUGUACGACGAAUCCACUCAUACUCUAAUGCACAGGGUACACAAGAAAUGUAUGGCCCUGCACCCACAAACGUCACAUCUCUCAUUAAUGCCCUGUGACGUUAAUAACGCAUAUCAACAAUGGCAAUUCAAGCAGCUGACUCCCAAGUGGUAACUAUGGUGAUUAGUUUUAUUUUCCUGGUUUUCAAGAUAAUUUACUGUUCUUCCAUGUUUUCUACUGCCUGAUGUGUUUUUUUUCUUUAAAAUGGAUGUAAAUAUUAUUGUUAAAUUUUUUUACCUUAAAAAAACAUUAUGUUUGGGCUGAAUAUUAUAUAUUUGGUAUUUUAUACGCUGACUUAAUCUAUAUCACGAUUAAGACUUACCCGGUAAGUUAACUUGCAAUCAUUAGGUAUAAGGGUGCCUUUUUUCUAUUCAAGGACCUUUUUUUAUUAAAAAAAAAUUAAAAUACAAAUUUAAAAACUUUGUUACCUAAACUUCGUGCCUCUUUUUUAUAACAUAGAAUUUUGUUUUCUGAAAAUUCUGGUAAUUUUUCUCUUUAUGAGAUUAAUAAGAAUUAAAGCAUUUCUUGGUUAUUCGAAAUUAGGAAAUAUUAUUUGUAAAAAGUAGAUAAUGAAUAUUCGUACUUAACAUUUGCAGUAAGGUUUACGUUUAGCAGCUCCGGUGAUAAACACGAUGUCUACAAUAUAUGAACCAUAAAUAAUAAAUUGUAAAAUAAUUUAAAGAUUCUGAAUAUGUCAAUUUAUUAUUGCAUCGAGCUUUUUAAAACAAUUGAAAUGUAUGACUAUUAAGUGCUAAUCCAAUAAUAUAAUUUUACUGCAAAUGCGAUAAUUAAUGAUAAUAAGUUGUUAUAAUUUAAUUAAAUAAGAAUCUUACAAUAAACGUCGGUUAUUAUUG